ACUCGAAUCUAGGUUGUGCCUUAAGAUUUUGAGAAAAUUAACAACCAAUGAAUCAUUUGUACUUGUGUCAAACUCCGGUCUGGUCUGUUAGGUCUGUUUCGUUAGCGUUCCCGGAAGUCUCGUGAUGUAGCACCUCUGGGUUUAGAAACUCUGUUAGUCCAGUUUGAGACCAUAGGACUGCAGCGGACGCCCUUUGCGACUAUACUGUCAAUGGCGAACGAUACGGCAAAGUCGGCAAGCGGGAGCAAGGAGAAGAUGGCGGAGGAAGAUACAAAUGCAGAGAAAUUCAAGGAGAAGGCGAAUAAUUACUUUAAAGAGCGAGACUAUGAGAAUGCGAUCAAAUACUACACGGAGGCGUUGGAGCUCAAACCAUGCAGCGCCAUCUACUUCUCCAACCGCAGCCUGGCAUACUUGCGGACAGAGUGCUAUGGCUACGCCCUGGCCGACGCCACCAAGUGUCUGGAGAUAGACCAGAACUACAUCAAGGGUUACUACCGCCGAGCCACGUCCAACAUGGCCCUGGGCAAGUUCAAGGCUGCACUCAAAGACUACGAGACGGUAGUGCGCGUGCGACCUAACGAUAAGGACGCUAAGAUGAAGUACCAGGAGUGCAACAAGAUCGUGAAACAGAAAGCCUUCGAGAGAGCCAUUGCUAGCGACGAGAUGAAGAGAUCAGUCGUAGACUCCCUAGACAUCGAAAACAUGAUGAUCGAGGACCAGUACACAGGACCGAAGCUGGAAGAAGGGAAGGUGACAAUGAGGUUCAUGAAAGAGAUGAUGGAGUGCUUCAAAGACCAGAAGAAACUGCACAGAAAGUGUGCUUAUCAGAUUCUGAUCCAAGUCAAAGAACUCUUAUCCAAACUACCCAGUCUUAUUGAGAUCACAUUAAAAGAGACAGAAAAGAUAACCAUUUGUGGCGACACACAUGGACAGUUCUACGAUCUUAUAAACAUCUUUGAGCUGAACGGCUUACCCUCUGAGACCAACCCCUAUCUAUUUAAUGGAGACUUUGUGGAUCGUGGUUCGUUCUCCCUAGAGGUCAUCCUGACUCUGUUUGGCUUCAAGCUGCUCCUCCCUGACUCCUUCUACCUCCUCAGAGGUAACCACGAGACUGACAACAUGAACCAGAUGUAUGGUUUUGAGGGGGAGGUGAAGGCCAAGUACACCGCUCAGAUGUUCACUCUCUUCAGUGAGGUCUUCCAGUGGCUGCCUCUAGCCCAGUGCAUCAAUGGCAAAGUCCUGGUGAUGCACGGGGGGCUCUUCAGUGAGGACGGAGUGACAUUGGAUGAUCUGAAGAAGAUCGACAGGAACAGACAGCCCCCCGACUCUGGUCCUAUGUGUGAUCUUCUCUGGUCAGAUCCACAGCCACAGAAUGGCCGGUGUGUGUCUAAGCGAGGUGUGAGCUGUCAGUUUGGGCCGGAUGUCACCGAGCGGUUCCUUGACCAGAACAAUCUGGAUUACAUCGUCCGCAGUCACGAGGUCAAGGCAGAGGGUUAUGAGGUCACACACUCAGGGAAGUGCAUCACAGUCUUCUCAGCGCCCAACUACUGUGAUCAGAUGUGUAACAAAGGAGCGUACAUCCAUCUCAGUGGAUCAGACCUCAAACCACAGUUUCACCAGUUCACUGCUGUGCCUCAUCCGAAUGUGAAGCCCAUGGCGUACGCCAACUCCCUGAUGCAGAUGGGGAUGAUGUAGAGGCCAAGCCCAAGUCACUCAGUCUGACCCCUGACCCUGGCCAACAACAUGCCCUUGUCUACUGGUCCAUACUGUGCUCCAUGGGAUCUCUCUCGCCCAGCCAUGCCUGAGUAGCUCCCUUCCCCUUGGCCCAAACUCUUUGAUCUCUGUAGUGAUGGAGCUUUCACCAUAUGGCUGUCACAUUACUGCUCUGCAGAAAUCAAAGGGUUAUUGUUAAGGGGAAGAAAUGGGAAGUGAAUUGUGUCCAGUUCCGAUAAUCCCUACUGUUUCUUUCAGAGUAUCCAACAUGGUAGGGUCAUGGUAUUUAAGGUAGGAAGAGACAUGGUAGGGUCAUGGUAUUUAAGGUAGGAAGAGACAACACGGUAGGGUCAUGGUAUUUAAGGCAGGAAGAGACAACAUGGUAUUUAAGGCAGGAAGAGACAACAUGGUAGGGUCAUGGUAUUUAAGGCAGGAAGAGACAACAUGGUAGGGUCAUGGUAUUUAAGGUAGGAAGAGACAACAUGGUAGGGUCAUGGUAUUUAAGGCAGGAAGAGACAACAUGGUAUUUAAGGCAGGAAGAGACAACAUGGUAGGGUCAUGGUAUUUAAGGCAGGAAGAGACAACAUGGUAGGGUCAUGGUAUUUAAGGUAGGAAGAGACAACAUGGUAGGGUCAUGGUAUUUAAGGCAGGAAGAGACAACAUGGUAUUUAAGGUAGGAAGAGACAACACGGUAGGGUCAUGGUAUUUAAGGCAGGAAGAGACAACAUGGUAUUUAAGGCAGGAAGAGACAACAUGGUAGGGUCAUGGUAUUUAAGGCAGGAAGAGACAACAUGGUAGGGUCAUGGUAUUUAAGGUAGGAAGAGACAACAUGGUAGGGUCAUGGUAUUUAAGGCAGGAAGAGACAACAUGGUAUUUAAGGCAGGAAGAGACAACAUGGUAGGGUCAUGGUAUUUAAGGCAGGAAGAGACAACAUGGUAGGGUCAUGGUAUUUAAGGUAGGAAGAGACAACAUGGUAUUUAAGGCAGGAAGAGACAACAUGGUAUUUAAGGCAGGAAGAGACAACAUGGUAUUUAAGGUAGGAAGAGACAACAUGGUAGGGUCGUGGUAUUUAAGGUAGGAAGAGACAACAUGGUAGGGUCGUGGUAUUUAAGGUAGGAAGAGACAACAUGGUAGGGUCAUGGUAUUUAAGGUAGGAAGAGACAACAUGGUAGGGUCAUGGUAUUUAAGGCAGGAAGAGACAACAUGGUAUUUAAGGUAGGAAGAGACAACAUGGUAGGGUCAUGGUAUUUAAGGUAGGAAGAGACAACAUGGUAGGGUCAUGGUAUUUAAGGCAGGAAGAGACAACAUGGUAGGGUCAUGGUAUUUAAGGUUGGAAGAGACAACAUGAUAUUUAAGGCAGGAAGAGACAACAUGGUAUUUAAGGCAGGAAGAGACAACAUGGUAGGGUCAUGGUAUUUAAGGCAGGAAGAGACAACAUGAUAUUUAAGGCAGGAAGAGACAACAUGGUAUUUAAGGCAGGAAGAGACAACAUGGUAUUUAAGGCAGGAAGAGACAACAUGGUAUUUAAGGCAGGAAGAGACAACAUGGUAGGGUCAUGGUAUUUAAGGCAGGAAGAGACAACAUGGUAGGGUCAUGGUAUUUAAGGUAGGAAGAGACAACAUGGUAGGGUCGUGGUAUUUAAGGUAGGAAGAGACAACAUGGUAGGGUCGUGGUAUUUAAGGUAGGAAGAGACAACAUGGUAGGGUCAUGGUAUUUAAGGUAGGAAGAGACAACAUGGUAGGGUCAUGGUAUUUAAGGCAGGAAGAGACAACAUGGUAGGGUCAUGGUAUUUAAGGUUGGAAGAGACAACAUGAUAUUUAAGGCAGGAAGAGACAACAUGGUAUUUAAGGCAGGAAGAGACAACAUGGUAGGGUCAUGGUAUUUAAGGCAGGAAGAGACAACAUGAUAUUUAAGGCAGGAAGAGACAACAUGGUAUUUAAGGCAGGAAGAGACAACAUGGUAUUUAAGGCAGGAAGAGACAACAUGGUAUUUAAGGCAGGAAGAGACAACAUGGUAGGGUCAUGGUAUUUAAGGCAGGAAGAGACAACAUGGUAGGGUCAUGGUAUUUAAGGUAGGAAGAGACAACAUGGUAGGGUCAUGGUAUUUAAGGUAGGAAGAGACAACAUGGUAGGGUCAUGGUAUUUAAGGCAGGAAGAGACAACAUGGUAUUUAAGGUAGGAAGAGACAACAUGGUAGGGUCAUGGUAUUUAAGGCAGGAAGAGACAACAUGGUAGGGUCAUGGUAUUUAAGGUUGGAAGAGACAACAUGAUAUUUAAGGCAGGAAGAGACAACAUGGUAUUUAAGGCAGGAAGAGACAACAUGGUAGGGUCAUGGUAUUUAAGGCAGGAAGAGACAACAUGAUAUUUAAGGCAGGAAGAGACAACAUGGUAUUUAAGGCAGGAAGAGACAACAUGGUAUUUAAGGCAGGAAGAGACAACAUGGUAUUUAAGGCAGGAAGAGACAACAUGGUAGGGUCAUGGUAUUUAAGGCAGGAAGAGACAACAUGGUAGGGUCAUGGUAUUUAAGGUAGGAAGAGACAACAUGGUAGGGUCAUGGUAUUUAAGGUAGGAAGAGACAACAUGGUAGGGUCAUGGUAUUUAAGGCAGGAAGAGACAACAUGGUAGGGUCAUGGUAUUUAAGGUUGGAAGAGACAACAUGAUAUUUAAGGCAGGAAGAGACAACAUGGUAUUUAAGGCAGGAAGAGACAACAUGGUAGGGUCAUGGUAUUUAAGGCAGGAAGAGACAACAUGAUAUUUAAGGCAGGAAGAGACAACAUGGUAUUUAAGGCAGGAAGAGACAACAUGGUAUUUAAGGCAGGAAGAGACAACAUGGUAUUUAAGGCAGGAAGAGACAACAUGGUAGGGUCAUGGCCAAUAGCCAAAUCGUGGCUAUUGAUAACCAACCAUAACCAACCACCCCUGCCAGUUUGGUGUUGAAGCAUCCAUUAUGGAGCUGCUGGGUUUGUGGUGAUUAGACUGGUUAAUCAUACUGUACCUAACCUUAACCAUACUGUAUGUGGGGAGGAUGGCUCAAUACUGGCUCUGACCCUAAUCAUACUGUAUCAUAAUGGCUGGAAUGGAGUCAAUGGAAUGGUACCAAACACGUGGUUGAUACCAUUCCAUUGAUGCCAUUAUUAUGAGCCAUCCUCCCAUCAGCAGCCUCCAUGGUACAGUUUUGAUACUGUAUGGAGCUCGUUUGUACCAAAGAAUUGGAAUGAUCCGCGCUGUCACAGCAGUAAAACUGUUCUGCUACUGUAAAACAUACUGUUGCUUGACCUACUGUUCGGUUUAUAGUGUCUCUGGUUGGGUUGUGAGAGCAAUAUGUGCUACAGUAUUGGAACAUAGUUUUAUUAAAGUCUUUUUUUACAGUAGAAAAUGUAGCUAUGAUUCCAUCUUCAGGAGAAAACAUGAGCCUGGUUAUUUGACUCCAGUCUCACUCUGCACGGUGCUGUUCAUUCCUACUAGUCAGAUGGUUUAGACACAUGCUAUACAUGUAUGUUGUUUUUCACAUUCAACAAAGCUGAUCCUUGUUCUGUUGUUUUGCACUACUGCACCUUUUCUCUACCUGUUGCUGCUCUCCAUGUUAACUCUUCAGCUCAGCCCGUCAGUCUCCUGGUAGCUCCUGCACAACCCCUCUUCUCUCCCAACCUGCUUUGCUACAAGGCCAACCACUGGUGUGAUUCUCCAACCUGCUCCACUGUUAGUCUACCAGUGACUUUGCCCAUUUGCAGAUGUUUGGCUCAGAUUUCCAGACACCAAGCGCCCAGCUGCCGUGUCCCUUCAACUUUUUAGAUCAUUCUAUACACUGAAGUGUAUGUGUGUGUGUGUGUGUGUGUGUGUGUGUAUAUGUAUAUAAGGUAUAUAUAUAUAUAAAAAUGUAAAAUACAUUCUGUGUACAUGUUUGGGGAAAAAAAGUUAUUGAAUAAACUUUCAGUCCAAUGA